AUGGUUGGUUCACAUGUUCACAUAUCGAGCCCAAAGUGGCUCCACUUUAAUGCAUACUCCAGUCCGGCUUGCCACGACGUAAUACAACUUUUUGCUGCUGCUGUUGCUGCUGCUGCUGGUGCCAGUAGACUUUUUCGGCUUAUUUACUCUCAGAAGCCGAGUAACUUGUCUGAGUCGGGAAGACGAGACUUCCACGAGUGGGCUCAUGUUGGUACAGCUCUAGGCGUUGCCGUCUCGCGAACCAGCCUUCGCGGCGGGUCCAAAAGAGCGAGUGGGAAAAGACUUGCCCGAUCGAUGCGUCUGCAGCGCAGUCUGGUUGCUGCGUUCCGUCUGGUGCCGGUGUCCCAGUCCAGGCGAGUGCAAACGUGGCUUAUCAUUUCAUCCUCAGCUGUUCUGGUGCACCUGGCAACGCCAACCAUUCUGAGUCCAACAUGUGACGAACAGGUUUAUUGUAGAGAAUGCUAUUCUCGUGGAAGACAGUCAAUGCCUCGCGGACCGUGGGCAGUUAGAGGGCAUGACAACCGAGAUGGUAUCUGGUCUGUGACAUGUUCGCGGUUGUCUCCGUUGCAGAAACAUGGUUCAAGCUGGCUUUCGACAGGAAGAGACCUUUUCUUGAGCCGUUAG